UUUCCUUUCCCUCUAUUUGUUUCCAUUUCUCCAUUUUCCUUCUCUCUUCUUCCUCCUUAAUUGAAUCUCAUUCUAUUGAAGCUUUUUGUGUGUUAAUUUCUUCUUUCAUGGAUAAUGACUGCUUCUCUAAUGGUGGAAUUCAACCACCAUUCCAUUUUGACCCCAAAAUUCCAUUAAACUCUCUACAUUCACCUCAUUCAGAUUACUUUCUAAACACCCAUUGGGAUAAUAAUUCUACAGAUAAUCAAUACACUCAUUUUGAUUCAGCUUUGAGUUCGAUAGUUUCAUCUCCAGUACCCUCCAACUCUGUAAAUUCCAAUUCAUCACUCUGUGAAUUGAUUGGGAAAUUGGGUUCAAUUUGUACUUCUCCUUCAACCCCAUUUACUAGUAACUGUGAUUCGACGAGAACUUCGUGUUAUACUACACCCAUGAGCUCUCCUCCGAAAUUACAUAUACCCAUAAUGAACCAAAUUGGAAAAGAUAAAGUACCCAAUUUGGGGAAUUCAGUUGUUAUGAAUUCUCCUCCAUUUCCCUCUCUUUCAGCUGCUAAGUUCUCUUGUUUUGGUAGCCGAAGUUUUAAUGGCAGAACGAGUCAGUUUGAGCUGAAUAAUGAAGAUUCGCGGUAUGGAUCUGGUACUGGGGUUAUGGGGAUAGGAAAUUUAACUAGAAUAUCGAGUAGCCCUUGUGUUGUGCAAAACAAAAACUCAAGCCUAAUGAUGUGUGAGAGAUUGAAUUUGGGCAAAAUUUCAGGUCGUAAUGAAGAGUGUUCUGUUUCUGAGCAAGACCCAAAUGGUGAAAUGGGGUCAAAAACAAGAAAUGUAUUGAAUUCUAAGAAAAGAAAAGCAGUGAAAUCAAAGGAUUUUGUGCCAAUUGUAGAUGAAACUGGAAAAAAGAGAGCAAAAUCAACACAAGGUAAUGGGAGCAACAAUGGAACUGUUAAAAUGGAGGAACAAAAGGGCAAUGAAGAUGAUGGAGCUGAGAAAGAAACAAAGGAAAAUCGAAAGAUUGCAGAGCCACCAAAGGAUUACAUUCAUGUUAGAGCAAGAAGGGGUCAAGCUACUGAUAGCCAUAGUUUAGCUGAAAGAGUCCGCAGAGAAAAGAUCAGUCAAAGAAUGAAGCUUUUGCAAGAUCUUGUACCAGGCUGUAACAAGGUGACUGGAAAAGCAUUGAUGCUCGACGAAAUUAUAAAUUACGUCCGGUCACUCCAACACCAAGUUGAGUUCUUGUCUAUGAAGUUGGCUUCAGUGAACCCAAGAACGGAUAUUCACAUCGAUAGUCUCCUUCACACAGAAAUAAGUCAACCAAGUGGUUCUUUGCACCAACAUGUUUUCCCAGUAGAUGGAUAUGCUGAAAAUCUUGCUCAGCUUCCCACAAUCUGUGAGGAUGAUCUCCAAAGCAUUGUCCAGAUGGGAUUUAAUCAGAACUCUAACCAAGAUCUGAUAUUGCAGUCACAGACAUUCCCUGUGCCUAAUUCUGAAUCUCAAAUGAAAAUUAAGAUGUAAUCACCAUUGAUUUGUCCACAAAUUAAGGUCCCCCACUGGAGAAAGAGACUGCUGUAUAUAAGCAGAGAGAUUUUUAGUUUAAUCUGCUUCAGAAAUUGCUAAUCAACAUGAUUAGGAUUAGCAUAAAGGGAAUUAUUUCCCCACUUAUUGUAAUCUAUAAUUGAUUUGAGAGUUCUAAUUUUUGCUCUUGUUGAGCUAUUAUAGUAUUUACUGUAUAAUGUUUAACAUCAUCUCAUGUACUGUAAGAUAUUUUGAGUAUUUCUCUGUAAAGCAAUUAUAAAUGGAGAUUAUUACAAGCUUAAAUUAUUCAAAUAAUUGGUCA